CUUCUCUCGUGCCUCUUUCUCGUAUUUUCUUGUGAUUACCGACAGCUGCAACUUUUGUCAGCAGACAGCUGCCGGUGGUUCCUCUUCUCUCUCGCUCUCUCUCUCUCACACACACAUAAACAACAAGCUGGACACAUUAAAAGUCGAGAGCGCGGCAGCUGGAUGAUGUCAUAUCCGUGAAGAAGAGUCCCUAAACGCAGCGAAGAUUUUCUCUGCAUGCAUUCCCAAAAACUUUUCUCCUCUCGUGCAGUGACGACGUUGCACCCCGCUGCCCACAUGGCAUGCGUAACGGGGACGAGUGUAUGGCUUUGCCCCCCUCCUCCUCCGCAGGAAGUCGUGGUUUUCACCAGCGCCUAGUGGACGAGGUGGCGCGAGCCCACGGGAAGAAACUUGCACGGAAAUUGUUGUGAGCGUCUCGGAGGAGGAGGAGGAGGAGGAGGCGGAGGCGGAGGGAAACAUACCGUCAGGAUGAGGUCUCUGUCCGUGGUCCUGAACCCGCUGCUGUUCCUGCUGAUGUUCGGAUACUGCCCGUCAGCGACCAUCAGGCCGAAGGAGGGGUGGCAGGUGUACAGCUCUGCUCAAGAUGCAGAUGGCCGUUGUAUCUGCACAGUGGUGGCACCUGAACAGAACCUGUGCUCCAGAGAUGCCAAAGGAAGACAGCUCCGCCAGCUACUGGAGAAGGUGCAGAACAUGUCGCAGUCAAUCGAGGUGCUGAACCUGCGCACGCAGAGGGACUUUCAGUACAUCAUGAGGAUGGAGAGCCAGAUCAAAGGGCUGCGGUCAAAGUUUCGACAGAUCGAAUCUGACAGGAAGACGCUUGUCAACAAAAACUUUCAGGAGCUGAAGGGGAAGAUGGAGUCCCUGCAACCGCUGAUCCCAGUCCUGGAGCAGUACAAGACCGACGCCAGGCUCAUCAUCCAGUUCAAAGAGGAGAUCAGGAACCUGUCUGCCGUGCUGAUGGGCAUCCAGGAGGAGAUGGGAGCCUACGACUAUGAGGAGCUGCAGAAGAGGGUCCUAAACCUGGAAAAUCGGCUCCGCAACUGCAUGAGCAAACUCA